UAUCUCAUGGUACGGGUCAUGCGGCGGAUGAAGUGAGGAAGAAAAGAAGGAGGGAUCCAGUGUAUGCCAGCUCAGGAAAACAAUAUGACGCACCAAUCGAAGUGCGCGCCUCAUCAUCAAUAUGCCUAUUCAAUGAUCUCGUACCACGUGUGAUAGUUUCACGAAUCUUCCGUCGGACCCCUGUGGCAGCAGUACUGCCCACCCCGUCUCUUAGAAAAAACCCUUCAGGGCUCCGGGGACUUCAACAAAGCAAAAGGCGUUUCUACGCGUCGGCAACUUUUUGGCGAUCUGCGAGUAUUGUUCCAAAGGUAAAAUACAUUGAAAUGAGUCGUCCACAGGAUCCACAUCGACCUUUCUUCCCAUUUGGAAAUCCUUUUCGGAUGAUACUACCAAAGAGCUCCUCUUUGAAUCCAAGGCUUCUUGCUCUAUUGAACACUUUUGAGGAAACCUUGGCAAUGAGGCUGAGAAAGCUUAAGGCAACUGAUAGCAGUGACAUUUUAAGCUUUUCAUGGAUGAGAUUAGCAAUGGAGUCACUUUGUGAAACUCAUACUGACAUUAAAACCCUGAUUACUGCACUCGAGCUCCCAAUGUGUGAUUGGGAAGAUAAAUGGAUAGAUGUGUACUUGGAUGACAGUGUCAAGUUGCUGGAUAUCUGCAUUGGUUUCAGCUCUGAGAUCUCACAUCUUAACCAAGGGCAUCUUUUGCUUCAGUGUGCAUUGCAUAAUUUGAAUUCCUCCUCUUCAAAUCAGUUUGUGCGGGCUCGUUCUUCAUUUGAUGGUUGGAGUCAGCAUCUUGGCUCAAAGAACUCCAGACUUGAGAACUAUCAUACUAUCUUAGAUGAUCUCAUUGAAUCACUUAGCCUGCCUAAGGUUAAAAACUCAUCCAAAGGAAAGGUUUUGAUGCAUGCUAUUUAUGGGGUGAAGGUUUCAACUGUGUUUGUCUGCAGUGUGUUUGCUGCUGCCUUCUCUGGUUCUGCAAAAAUGACGGAUUUGCAGAUUCCUGGCACAUUUUUGUGGGCAGAAGCUUUUACUGAUUUGCAGACUAGUGUAAAUGAGGUGAUAAGAGGAGUACUUUCCAGUGGAAGAGUUGCAAUAUUAAAGGAGCUUGAAGCAGUUGACAUGUGUGUGAAGCAGUUGUAUCCCAUGAUCCAGGACGGGGCGUGCUCUGUUGAAGCUGAAGCUUUUGAGAAAUCUAUUUUGGAUCUAGAGAAGGGGGCAGAUAAGCUUUCGCAAGGAUUAGAUUUUCUUACAAAGGAAGUGGAUGGUUUCUUUCAGAUUGUUUUAACUGGGCGUGAUGCAUUGCUUUGUAAUAUAAGAGAGAGCAGCAAUAUCUCUGUCCCAGUGGUAGAGAACAAGAGAGAAGAGCAAGCUGCUAGAUGAUUCUCGUGAAACAAGGAAAUUCUCCUGUACAAAUAUGGUUUAGGUAUGAGGUCUUCUGCUAUAUGAUUGAUGAAAAUAUACCAUUCCAUUUGGAGUAUUGUAGUCAAUAUGGUGUAGCUUGUAAUGUCCACCCUAUGACCGUGGUUUGGGUCUUUAUUAGUAUUUCCUGUUAUGUAAUGUUAAUUAUAUAUAAAUGGAUUUGUAUUGUUUCUA